ACCAAAAUCAAGUAUGGCGGAAUCUGUCAGAAAAUGAUUAUUUCGCCAGUAGACUUCCCUAGCGAUAAAGUCAACAUAUUUAUUCUGCAUCUUUCUCGGGACAGGGCCGCCUCUUGGAACUUCUAGGCUGGUACAAGUGAGCGCGUGUCUCUGAUUGGAUUACCUGAAUAGUAGGUUGUCUGUUGGAGGGCUGUUUCCUGUUGCUGACCAGUGAAGACACUUGUGGGUGAUUGUGUUUCCUGCUGAGGAGUACUGUGGCCCUGAUCUUGGUACACAUCAGACCAGCCCCUUCCCUACACACACACACACUAACCCCCCGACCCACACACUAACCCACCCGAUCCACACACACUCCACCUGUCCCGUCCUCCUCCUCUCCAGGCCAUAUAUUUUAAAACUUCACUGUGGAUUCUCUGAGGACCAUCCUGUCAACAAUGACAUCACACAGUCACCAAGAAGGACUCCUGGGCAAGGAGCAGCAGCUGGAUGUCCUGAAGACGUCUGCCCUCAACCACAUCCCCACAGUGGACAUUAACUCUGCCCUGCCCCUGCGUCUGCCCCCGGCUGCCAUCCCCAUGGACCUACGCAUUGACCAGCACCAUCACCAGCAGCAGCUGUCCAUGUCUCCUUCUGCAGCCCAGGCGUCUGCAGCCCAGGCCAGAGAGCAGCAGCUGCAGCAGGAGCUCCUGUCCCUGAAACAGAAACAACAGAUUCAGAGACAGCACCUCAUCGCUGAGUUCCAGAGGCAACAUGAGCAGCUCAACCGCCAGCAUGAAGCCCAGCUACAGGAACAUGUUAAGCACCAGCAGGAGCUCCUGGCCCUGAAACAUCAGCAGGAGCUGUUGGAGCACCAGAGGAAGAUGGAGAAGCACCGUCUGGAGCAGGAACUGGAGAAACACCAGAGAGAACAGAAACUACUGCUGCUGAAGAACAAGGAGAGAGGACAGGAGAGUGCAGUGGCCAGUACGGAGGUGAAGAUGCGACUGCAGGAGUUUGUGCUGAACAAGAAGAAGGCUCUGGCCCAGAGGAGUCUCAACCACGGGGGGUUGCCCAACGACCCCCGCUACUGGUACGGGAAAACUCAGCACACUUCCCUGGACCAGAGCUCUCCUCCUCAGACUGGUAUGGGUACCUACAACCACCCUGUCCUGGGCAUCUACAACGCUAGAGACGACUUCCCCCUCCGCAAGACAGCCUCUGAGCCCAACCUGAAGCUACGUUCUCGUCUGAAGCAGAAGGUGAGCGAGCGACGGAGCAGCCCCCUACUGAGGCGCAAAGACAGCCCGAUCACAACCGCCAAGAAACGCUCACUGGAUAUGGCAGAUUCAGCGUGUAACAGCGCUCCUGGAUCUGGCCCCAGCUCUCCUAACAACAACAGCAUCAGCAACAUCCCCAAUGAGAACGGCGUCACUGUCUCCAACAGCAUUGAUGUGUCCCUGGCUCAGCGGUUGUGUGGUGGUGAACUCAGCCAGCUGUCUCUGUACACGUCCCCCUCCCUCCCCAACAUCACCCUAGGUCUGCCCGCCACGGCCACCUCUGCUUCCAAUGUGACCUCAGCCCAGCAGGAUGGGGGUCAACAUUCGGCCCUCUCCCUCAGCCCCCCCUACCUAGGCGGUGCCCCCCUAGCCACCUACCUGGCUGACGGAGGGGGCGCAGGGGGGCACGGCCCACUACUGCAGCACUUGGUCCUGCUGGAACAGACUGGCGCGCACGGGCCCCUACUGGCAGGUGUGGACGCCCUCCAGUCUCCCUCCAUCCACAUGCUGCGUGGGCAGCACCGUCCCCUGGGUCGGACCCAGUCGGCCCCACUGCCCCAGCAGAACGCCCAGGCCCAGGCCCUGCAGCAGCUGGUGGUCCAACAGCAACACCAACAGUUCCUGGAGAAACACAAACAGCAGUUCCAGCAGCUACACAUCAACAAGUUGAUGGGCAAGCCCAGUGAGCCCACGGGGACCCGGCAGCACCAGAGUCACCCGGAGGAGACCGAGGAAGAGCUGAGGGAGCACCAGGCCCUCUCUCCCCAGGACGGCGGCUUUCCAUGUGGGUUCGCCAUCAAACAAGAGCCCCCAGACCCCCAAGAGAGCCAGGAGGAGGACAUGCAGCAGGAACUGCUGUUCAGACAGCAGGCCAUGUUGUUGGAGCAGCAGAGAAUCCACCAGCUGAGAAACUAUCAGGCUUCCAUGGAGGCAGCCGGUCUGUCAAUCACCUUCCCAGGUCACCGCCCCCUCUCCAGGGCCCAAUCGUCUCCGGCCUCCGCUUCCUCCUUCCCCAUCUCUGUCCCGCCUCCUGAGCCUCCCACCAAACCUCGCUUCACCACAGGGUUGGUGUAUGACUCUCUGAUGCAAAAGCACCAGUGUAUGUGCGGGAACACACACACCCAUCCGGAGCACGCCGGGCGCAUCCAGAGCAUCUGGUCCAGACUGCAGGAGACAGGACUUAGGGGACAGUGUGAGUGUAUCCGUGGUAGGAAGGCCACUCUGGAGGAGCUCCAGACAGUCCACUCUGAAGCCCACGUCCUGCUGUAUGGAACCAACCCCCUCCGACAGAAACUAGACUGUUCAGUCACGCCCAUGUUGGUCAGAUUACCAUGUGGAGGAGUGGGGGUGGACAGUGACACCAUCUGGAACGAGGUCCAUUCCUCUACUGCAGUUCGUCUGGCUGUGGGUUCUGUGGUGGAGCUGGUGUUCAAAGUGGCCACUGGUGAACUGAAGAACGGCUUUGCUGUGGUUCGACCCCCUGGACACCAUGCAGAAGAGAGCACUCCCAUGGGCUUCUGCUACUUUAACUCAGUAGCCAUCGCAGCCCGGCUGCUCCAACAGAGACUCAACGUCUGCAAGAUCCUCAUAGUAGACUGGGAUGUUCACCAUGGCAACGGGACCCAGCAGGCAUUUUACGAUGACCCCAACGUGCUGUACCUGUCUCUCCAUCGAUACGACGAUGGAAACUUCUUCCCUGGCAGCGGAGCACCCGACGAGGUGGGCAGUGGUCCAGGAGUAGGUUUUAACGUUAACAUGGCCUUCACCGGGGGGCUGGAGCCACCUAUGGGAGAUGCAGAGUACCUGGCAGCCUUCAGGUCUGUGGUGAUGCCCAUAGCUAAUGAAUUUUCUCCUGACGUGGUGCUGGUGUCCUCAGGCUUCGACGCCGUCGAGGGUCACCCUCCUCCCCUAGGCGGUUACACCCUCACCUCCAAAUGUUUUGGGUACCUGACACGUCAGCUGAUGACCCUGGCUGAGGGUCGCGUGGUGCUGGCAUUGGAGGGAGGUCACGACCUCAUGGCCAUCUGUGACGCUUCCGAGGCCUGCGUCUCCGCUCUGCUGGGCAACCAGCUGGAUCCUCUCCCUCAGACGCUUCUGGAGCAGAGACCCAACCAGAAUGCUGUGUGCUCCAUAGAGAAGGUUAUAGAAACACACAGUAAGUACUGGCGCUCCAUGCAACGUGGCUCCCCCAGGCUGGGCCUGUCUGUGCUGGAGGCUCAAAGAGGAGACUCGGAGGAGGCUGAGACCGUCAGCGCCAUGGCCUCUCUCUCUGUGGCCAACAAACAGAGCAGGUCGGAGGAGGAACCCAUGGAGGAGGAAGCACCAUUAUAGCGGGGGAAGCACAAGGGCGUUGCACCGUGACUGUCGGCCUCUGCAGCUCGGAAGACUACCUUCUGGAGAGUCUCGACUGUCCCUUUCAUUUUGUCCCUCCGCGCCGUGCCUAUCACCUUGAUUGGCAGCUCCUCUGCCAAUGAGAGAGAGGGAUGGGCUUCAGAGUAGGGAGUCAAUGGGGAUACGAUAUGAAGGAUGGAAGUGACAAAGCGCUGCAGCCAGGCAGCUCAGCGUGGUCAGCUCACCGUGACUCUAAAGAGACGUUUGUUCCUGCCAGUCAGACUGAGGCAGCCCCAGAAGACACCCCAGCACCGAAGCAGGGCGUGGGUUCUCUGAGUGGAGGCGGAUAAUGGAAGUCUUACUCCUGAAGGGAAAGAUCUGGUGCUUUACAGAGCUCCCCCGUGGCCAAAUAUGGAGACAGAGGACAGGACAAGUCCGGCUGUCACACACAGCGUGGACAUUUAUUUUCUCUCCUGCUUUUAUCCCCCUAAAUGGAGGACAUGCUACUGAUGGAGAUGGUGGUUACUGAUGAGAGAUGGCGGACAACAAAGCCCCUAGGAGCAUUAUCGGGCUGUCAUUGGCUGAGGACAGUAGACUUGACUGUGGUUGGCCGUUGAGCAAGCGGCCUUUGCCGUUAUUGGAUGAUGAAGCUAUUGGAUCUUUGCCUUAUUGAUGCAGCUGGUAGUUCUGUGAUGGUCCACCAAUGAGAGAGUGCCUUUGUGAAGCUCUGAUGGAUUUCAGGAUUGUGUCAGAAAUGAAGAUUGCCUUAAAUGAUGAUCCUGACCAGGGGAGAGAGAGAAAUACAUUUUCCUGUUUGACAGAGGAUGGGAUGGUGGAAAAAAGGAUCUUUCAGCAUGUUUACCAGGAUUGUGAUGUAGACAGCGUUUGUCUCUCACAGCCUCUUUUAGAGGUCAUUGUACCUUUGGAUUGAUAUAUUUUUCUGUAAAAAUGCUUCAAAAGGUAGUUGCAAGCAAACAU